AUGUCAGGAGUGCGAGGGUGUGCCCUCCACUGGGCUACACUGCAUUCACCUGACUGGUUGCCAUACUUUCAUCACUACGUUAAUCGUUGUUUCGAAAGAGCCACGUUUGUUCCUUUGAGUUAG